UUUCAUAUUUCUUUAACAAAAUUUGCUAAUUAGAAGCUCUCCUAAUCUAGUGCAAAAGAAAUUUUCAACUGCUAAAAGUGAUAAUUUGCUGAUUGGAAAAACAAACGCACAGGAACAGGAUGUCGGAGAAAAACCUCAAAGUGGGACAACGUGUGGAGGUGACUGGGAAAGAUGUUAGGGGACUUAUUGCAUACGUUGGGAUGACAUCAUUUGCGACAGGAAAGUGGAUUGGGGUGAUUUUGGAUGAACCCAAAGGGAAGAAUAACGGGACAAUCAAAGGAAAUACUUACUUCUCAUGUCAGGAAAAUCACGGAACCUUUGUGAGACCCAGUCAGUUGGUCCUAUUGGAUGAAAUCGGCAAUCCCAUUGAAGAUUCCAGUCCGGAUGACAAACCUCGCUCCCGAUUGAGCAGCUCUCGACUCUCUCUGACGGGUAGUAGACAGAGUUUGACGGGAUCGAGGAGUCAACUUGCCUCACCAGCUGGUGAGAAGAGUACUGGAACUACGGCAGUUGAUGGUAAAGUCACCACAGCCGGGGAUGCUCCUCCAUCGAGGAUUCCGGAAAAGCGUUCAAUGGGUCCACCGGAAUCGACUCUCUCAUCGAAGAGAUCAUCUUUUGUGGAAACAGGUUUCCUGGAGACUCUAAAGCCCCAGUUCACACCGGGUCAAUCGCUGACAUCUCCAUCUCCAGCUCUCUCGGCAGAAGAUAAGCUUGCGGUGCUGCAGCAGCAGCAGGAGAUUGAAUCCCUCAAGGGACAGGUGAAGGAUCUCAAUGAGAAGUUGGAAACACUUCGAAUGCGUCGUGCGGAGGAUAAGGAGCGUCUGCGGGAGUUUGACAAGAUGAAGACGCAAUUUGAGCAGCUGCAGGAGUUUAAGCAUAAGAUCAUGGAUGCCCAGACGCAGCUACAGCGUGAACUGCAGCGUGCUCGACAAGAGGCUAAAGAUGCAAUUGAGGCAAGAGACAGGCAUGCUGAGGAGAUGUCGGAUUUGGCUGAAAAUGUCGAAAUGAUCACGCUGGAUAAGGAGAUGGCGGAAGAGAAGGCAGACACGUUGCAGCUUGAGUUGGAUCAAGCAAAGGAGCGUAUUGAAGAGCUCACGUUGGAUUUGGAGAUUAUGAAAACGGAGAUGCAGAAUCGCGGGAAUGAUGGGCAACCCGGUGUGACAACAGCGUAUGAGUACAAGCAGCUUGAGCAGCAGAAUGCCCGUCUACGGGAGACGCUGGUCCGACUGCGAGAUCUUUCAGCGCACAAUAAUCACGAGAUACAGAAGAUGCACAAAGAGUUGGAGACGAAAAAGUCAGAAGUGGCGGAAUUGCAUAGAACAAAAGAGAAGCUUUCCAGUACGAUUGAUGAAUUGGAGGCGCAAAUGGUGGAUUUGCAGGAGCAAGUGGAUGCGGCUCUUGGGGCAGAAGAGAUGGUGGAACAGCUGGCGGAGAAGAAACUGGAGCUGGAGGACAAGGUGAAGUCGCUACAGGAGGAAGUUGCUGAACUCGAGGCUCUUGAGGAAGUGCACGAACAACUUGUUGAGGGGAAUCAUGAGCUGGAGAUGGAUUUACGCGAAGAAUUGGAUAUGUCACUUGCGGCUAAGCGUGAGGCUAUUCGUGAGAAGGAUGCUGCCCUUGAGACAAUUGUCGAUCGCGAUCAGACAAUUCUAAAGUUCAGGGAACUCGUGCAGAAGUUGAAUGAACAAUUGCAGGAUAUGCGUGAGAAGGUGAAUCAGGAAACAACCAAAUUGGCCAAGGAUACAAUUGCCGAGACCAUUGACUUCAAGCAGAUGUUUGCUGAAUCGAAGGCCUUCACCAGAGCCAUUGAUCUUCAACUGAGGCAAAUUGAACUCACGCAGGCCAAUGAGCAUGUUCGUCUUCUGACAGCCUACAUGCCAGAUACCUUCAUGAAUCGCGGCAGUGAUCACGAUGCAAUUCUCGUUAUUCUCCUCGUGUCGCGUGUUGUCUUCAAGGCGGGCAUUAUUGUCAAUCAGGCCCGUGAACGAUUCCCCCAGCCGACAACUUUUGAUCGUAGUGCAGUCCUCCAAGCGCAUGAUGUUCAUCAAUUUGAAUUCCGCUCGCGACUCCUUCAUCACGUGCACAACAUGCAGGCGAUCAUGCAUCAAUUCCUCUUUGGACUCAACACCUGCACUCCUGAGGUUCUUCUGAAGGCCGGUGCUUCUUUGCCCGAGAUGGUGGCUCAAGAGAAGACGAUCGAUGGCGUUGUCGAGCUCCUGAAAGCCAAUCAAUUGGAUGAGAAUUCUUCCACGGAAAAUUUGGAGAAAUGUAUCUCCUUCUUCAAUGCAAUGUUCUCAGUUCUUCUUGCUUCUGAGCAGUUGAUGAAUGAAACUCAAUUUGUGCGAGAUUGCAUUGCUUCCAUUGGUGCUGCUUGUGAUUCAAUCAGCACGAAUGCUACCCUCGUUCAAACAUUGAUUAAGGGUGGCGAUGAAACAAGUGAUUCAGGUUUGCUUCUUCAGUAUGUGAUUCAGAACAUUGAAUCCAUUCGGCAGCAGCUGAAGUUGGUCAAACGGCGUCUGCCACAGGAUACGAAUGUGAUCAAGUGCAAUUUGUCCCCGAAAACAAUUGCGAAUCUCAAGCAGAUGUCUGAGAGCUUAGGGAAGCUCAUGAUGGUCCUCUUCCUCGUGGCUAAACAAGUUCUUCACAUGGUAACCGUGAAUACCGAUUCCGGAGAUGUCACAGUGCCUCACACGAAGCUCUGGGACUUCCUCUCGGCUGCCUGUGACAGGAUUUACGAACAAGAUGAUCGAGGACCAUCACAGAAUAUGCGAACUGUUCUCAGUGCCGUUAAUACGGACAUGUCUCAGUUGGCACAGUAUCUGCUGGAUCAUGAGUACGAGAUUAUGGCAGUUCCGGUGGCAGUUGAGAAACCCGUGGCACCAAUUGUCCAACGAGCUCAGUCGAUUAAGAAGCAACUGGAGGAGACGAAAACACUCACGGCCACGCUUGAGAAUCGCGAAGCGGAGAUCAGACAACUCAAAUUGGCAGCCAAGAUGAAGCAGAAUGAGUUGUCAGAGAUGCAAAUUCGAAAGGAUUUGGCAGAGAAGAAGCUUUCCGUGUUGCAGCAUGACAAUGAGAUUAAUAUGGAGAAGCUGCAGAGGAAGUAUGAUGAGACGCUGCAGCUUCUUAAGAAGAAAGAAAAAGAGUUCGAGGAGACAAUGGAUCAUCUUCAGAGUGACAUCGAUACGUUGGAGAAUGAAAAGGGAGCUCUCAGGGAGAAGUUAAAGGUGCACAGUAGCAAGAAGGGUGAUCUCAAGUCCACAACGGCUUUCGACAUCACCGCAUCCUCACCGUAUAUUGCACAGGAGCUCUCACUGCUACAGAGAGCUUUUGCCGAGGAACGUGCUGAGCGUAUGAGACUUCAAGCAAGUGAAUACAUGAAGGUUCUCAGCAGCUUGGAACCAAUUCACGUGCCCAAGCCACCGGACAAUCGUAUCCGGGAUUUGGAGAAGCAACUGAGGGAUGUGAAGCACGAGUGGAUUAUGUCAAUGGUGAAAGCGGGUGACAUUCCUGAGGGCAAUACGAAGAACACCAGUAUUCAGAAGCGACUCAGUGAUCAGGAGAAUCAGCUGAAGCAGUUGAGGAGUGACUUGAAGCUGCGUGCCGAGUCGCUGGCCAGUGAAAUUCUCACGGAGUACCUCCAGCGAAAGCCUCAUCGUUCGGCUAAGAGUGAUUUUGCAAAAUUCCCCGCCGUUGAGCUAACAAAGGUAAGUCAACAUGAUGAUUAUUAGGGCUACUCAUUGCUUUUCUUUCACUUUUUUCAGCUAUAAGUUAUUGAAAUCUUUUAAAAGUUAUGACUCUUCAUUUUUUUUUGAAGUAGUAGUAGGAGGAUCCUCAUUAGCUAACUUCCAGUUUAUAAUUUUCUUAAUUUAUUUUAUGCUUUCAUCGCUUUCUUGUUUAUGAUGAGUAGCCUCUCAGACUUUCCUUCAAAAACUCAAAGAAAAUAUUUUAAAGUUCAUUUUCAUUGUCUUUCCAGGCAAUGAGGCAGCAGUAGAUGGAGAUUCCUGCAUAGGUUAACUAAAAGAUUAGCUUUUUAUAUUUCAUCAUUAAUUUAUUUUAUUGAAAAAAGGCAUUCGUAUCACUAAAAAAAAUCCCCUAAUAUCGCA